AUGGCAGGAGUGAACGGAGAUCGAAAAGGAAAGAAAGAUGACAAUGGCCUCAGCUCUGCAAUCGAUUUUGUGCUGUCCAACGCCAAACUGGUGCUCGGGGUCGGAGGAGCCGCCAUGCUGGGCAUCGCUACACUCGCUGUCAAGAGGAUGUACGACCGAACACUUAGCGCUCCCUCCAGCCCCACAAAAGCCAACCAAUCAGGAAAGAGGAGCUGGGAGGAGCCGAACUGGCUUGGGUCAUCGCCACGGACACUAAACCGUGAUAUGAAGCAGAACGUCAGUCGGUCGCUGCAGACCCUCCCCACAUCCACCAGCUCCUUCCAGCCCGAUUUUCCACGCAGGACAGCAGGGCGUCCCAGCAGCAGGAGCAGUAGUAAAGCAGCGAUGCAGCGAGGGCGGAUGCGUCUGUCUCUGCAGGAGCACCUGUGGGCGUUUUAUCACGAGCGUGUGAACAUCUCGUCUGAGGAGCAGCAGGCAGCUCGACACGCCGCCCUCGACAUCUGCGCAGAGCUCCGAGCAUUUAUUCACACCAAAGUGCCAGACAUGCCUCUGCGAGACAUGUACCUCAGUGGCAGCCUCUACCACGACCUCCAGGUGGUGUCGGCGGAUCACGCUCAGCUGAUGGUUCCUCUGAUCCUAGAGAAGUCUCUGUGGUCGUUUGUCCCUGGUGAGGAGACCAUCAUGAACGUUCCUGGGUUCUGGCUUGUGCGUCGUGAGAACCUGGAGUACUUCCCUCGUGGCGGCAGCUACUGGGACCGCUGCCUGAUUGGCGGUUACCUGUCACCGAAGAGCGUGCUGGAGGUGUUUGAGAAGCUGGUGACAGGGUGUAUAAACUGGCCGGCGAUCGGUAGCGUGCUGGGCUACACGGUCCGUCCUGCCAUCCCGUCACACACGGAGGGGCUCACACUCUCUCUGGAGGUGCAGUAUGACUCUGAGCGACGGCUCCACAUCGACUUCCUGCCCCUGCUUGUGUCGGAGGAUGCUGUGUCUCUAAUUGCCAAGCCUCACCGUGAGCGAGAGAACCUCUGGAGGCAGAGCUUUUGGUCCGCAGAAACGACGAGGUUGCAGGCUCUGGACCGAGAUGAUGAUGGCUGCCGCUGCGUUUGCCUGAAAAUCGCCAAAGCUGUGUGCAAACUGAACCCGGCACUGACGCCACUGAACGCCAGCCACCUCGCCAACGCUGUGCUCCUGCUGAGUGAGAGCGAGCGCAACUGGAGCCACGAGGUACUAGCCGAGCGUUUCACACAGCUCAUUCGUGUGCUAGUGGGACACCUAGAGGCUGGAAGGCUGCCUUGCGCCUUCAACCACAAGGUCAACCUGCUGUGUGAGCUCACGCCGCGAGAGGUCGAUGAACUUGGGUACACACUGUACUGCUCUCUGUCAGACCCUGAGAGUCUGCUCAGAACUUGAACUUGUAAUCAUACACACACACACACACACACACACACAUUACAAUGUAAAACUUGACUUUACAACCAAACUAGUUUGUGCAGCGAUUAGUUUAAUAAGGUGUGUGUGUGUGUGUGUGUGUGUGUGUGAAGACGUCUCACUGCUAAAAUAUUCUGCUGCUAAACGUUAUUGGUGUUGAGCAGGUCAGCUCACUCACUCAUUCUGUAUUCCGUCAUUAAACAGUGAAGUGUGUGUGUGUGUGUGUGUGUGUGUUAGCAUGUUGAUCAGUGUUGCUAAUGUAAGUGUUUGUGCUUGAGAUCAAAACCCUCCAUUUGAUUUGAUGAAUUCAAUAAAACAGUGCUAAUGUCAAAAAAUGCAAGUAUUAUUCCUCAUAACAGUGCAGGGUGGGGUUAUUUCCCCCCACCCCCACCCUAGGGGGAUUAGUUUCCUAUAACAGCAAGUCCUCAAGAGUUUAGUCCUCAUAAAACACUGUAAUUUAGCAACAAUUAGAAUUUUCAU